AUGCUUCUGCCAGAUGCAGUACGAAAGCUUGGCUUGAGAGGUACUGAAGAAAGCUUAGCUCUGAGAACAAUCCGUCAUGAUGUGCAAACCCUUGAAGGGGCUUCAGUCUCAUUCCACAUUUCUCCAUACUACAAUCCAAAGAAGCGAUAUCUGAUAUCCAGAGCCUUUACUGCACCACAGCUUGAUCUCAUUGACCACUCCUACCCAAUAGCUAAGCUGCAAAAGCAGUACAAACAUUUGGCUGGACUACCAUUGCAGAGCUUUGAAAAGGCCAAACCUCUCAUCCUUGUUGGCGCAGAUCAAACUCACAUGAUCACACCAAUUGAGCCGGUAAGACUUGGUCCACCUGGUGGCCCUGCUGCAAUAAGAACCAAACUAGGCUGGACACUGCAGGGCCCUACCAGCCUGUUAGAGCAGCGACUCAAGCCAAAGGAGUGUCUCCACAUAUCCCUUCCUCUUAGCACCACAGAAUUGUGCAAGAAUGUUAAUAGGCUGUGGCAAGUGGAUGUUUUGCCCUUUCGGAAUGAAACUGAGUGCACAAGGUCAAAGCAGGACCAAAGGGCCAUCGAACUGCUGGAAGCCAAAACAAUUCGCAUAAAGGUGGAUGGAAUUCGCCGGUAUGCAACACCCUUGUUACGUAAAGGUGACAUGCCCCAUCUUCACGCCACUAUGGAAGCAGUCAUGCCACGCCUACGAAGUACUGAGAGGAAACUUGCCAGAGACCCGCAACAAGCUGAUGCCUAUUCCUCCGAAAUCCAGAAAUUGGUUCAGUCAGGUGCAAUCAGAAUGCUCAGUCCAGAAGAAAUAGAAGGAGGUGGUGAGUGCUGGUUUAUUCCACAUCACAUGGUGCACCAUAAUGGCAAGAAUCGUGUGGUGUUUGAUUGCUCAUUUCAGUUUAAUGGUCUCAGCUUAAAUGAUUCACUCCUCGCUGGCCCCAUCUUGGGUUCAUCUCUCCUUGGGGUCUUACUCAGAUUCCGUGAACAUACAGUCGCCAUCAGUGCGGAUACCCGGGGCAUGUUCCACCAGGUCCGCCUUCUUCCUGAAGAUAGAUCACUUCUUCGGUUUAUCUGGCGUGACUCCAGGGAAAAGGGCACCCCUGAUGUCUUUGAAUGGCAGGUUCUUCCAUUUGGGACAACGUGCAGCCCCUGCUGUGCAACCUUUGCCUUACAGCAGCAUGUAAGAGACCAUAGCCAACCGGGUGAUGAUGUAAGGUUCUCCAUAGAACGAUGCUUUUAUGUUGACAAUUGCUUGCAGAGCUUGCCAUCACCAGAGGAGGCUAAGCAAUUGGUUGAUAAGCUGAGAGGUCUGUUAGCUGAAGGAGGCUUUGAAUUGAGGCAAUGGGCCAGCAAUAUUCCAGCUGUCAUUAACCAUCUUCCACCUGAAGCAAGAUCGGAUGGGUUUGAACUCUGGCUAGCCCAUGAAAAGACUGAUGUCCAAGAGUCCACAUUGGGCCUUAGCUGGAAUUGCCCAGCAGAUGUUCUGACUUACCGUCACCGGCCCAUCGAUCAUGGGGCUCCAACCAUGAGGAUUAUUUACAAAGUUUUAGCCAGUCAGUAUGACCCCUUAGGAUAUAUCCUCCCAUAUACUACGAGGGCAAAGGUACUGGUCCAACAACUUUGGAACAAACAGCACAGCUGGGAUGAUACUCAGCUUCCCCAAGCCUUGGUUCAGAGCUGGAAUGAAUGGGAAAGUCAGCUGCAGUUUCUUCACAAAAUCAGUUUCCCAAGAUCAUAUGUACCAGCUUCAGUAGAUCAGACAAGAUCUAUUAUAGACCUUCACGUGUUCAGUGAUGCUUCAGAGAGCGCAUAUGGAGCAGUCGCCUACCUGCGCACUGAAGAUCAGCAGGGUAAGAUCCAUCUGUCAUUCGUAUUGGCACGUUCUAGAGUAGCACCUAAAAGAGUCCUGUCAAUACCCCGCUUGGAGCUCUGUGCUGCGGUAAUUGGUGCACAGCUAAAAACCCAGUUGCAGAAGGAAUUAACAUUGCCACUUCUCCACACAGUUCUCUGGACAGACUCUACUACAGUGCUGUCUUGGAUUCAGUCAGAGUCUUGCCAUUUCAAGGUUUUCGUCGGUACCAGAGUGGCUGAAAUCCAUGAGCUUACCAACACCACCGCUUGGCGAUACGUGGAUUCAGCUCAAAAUCCAGCGGAUGACCUUACAAGAGGAAAGACUCUAAAAGACCUUGCUAAGCCAAACAGAUGGAGCCAUGGGCCCCCACUCCUGCUCCUUUCCUCAGAGAACUGGCCAGCAAACCCUACAGAGUGCCCCGAGAUUGACAAGUCUGAGUUCAAGAAAUCCGCAUUCUGUGGAGUUGUAGCUGUAAACGGACAAUUUGGCAGUGAGUACAAGACCUGGACAGAGCUGGUGAAGGCCAUUGCACAGGAGCUACAUGGGGCGGCUGGAGAGUCAGGAGAACCUACAGCAAACACUUACCAAACAGCAGAGACAUUCAUACUCCAGAAGGUGCAAAGUGAGAGUUUUCCUGAAGAAUUACAACGGUUGAGAUCAGGCAAACCUCUUCAACACAAUAGCCGCUUACUUACCUUAACUCCAGAAUAUGACACAUCGACCAAUCUAAUCCGGGUUGGAGGUAGGUUACGACAUGCAGAAACCUUAGAUCCUGCCCUGAAACAUCCAAUCGUACUAGAUUCUAGACAUCCAGCCGUGAAAUUGCUUCUUCAAGAUUUUGAUGAAAGACUCUGCCAUCCAGGCCCUGAUCGGGUGUUUGCAGAAAUAAGGAGAAAAUACUGGGUGUUAAGAGGAAGAGCAGCCAUCCGCAUCUUACAGCAUGCCUGUACAGAAUGUCAAAGACUCAGAGCCAAACCUACCUUUCCCAAAAUGGCAGACCUUCCUGUGGCACGCUUACGCCUCUACAAACCUGCCUUCCAUUCCACCGGUAUGGAUUGCUUCUGCCCUUUCCUUGUAAAGAUUGGUCGACGAGUAGAAAAGAGGUGGGGAAUCCUCUACAAGUGUCUUACCACACGAGCCGUACACGUGGACCUGCUUAACAGCUUGGACACAGAUUCAUUUCUGAUGUCACUACGUAGGUUUAUUGCUCGAAGAGGUUCCCCAGUAGAAUUACUGUCAGACCAAGGAACAAAUUUCCGAGGUGGUGAACGGGAACUGUGCGAGGCAUUCCAGGCCAUGUCACCUGAUCUCCAGCGAAAACUCGCACCACAAAAGAUAGCAUUCCAUUUCAAUCCCCCUGCAGCACCACACUUUGGGGGAGUGUGGGAAAGGGAGAUCCAUUAAAAUGGCACUAUCUACAUCUAUUGGGGACCAAACAGUACCAGAGGAAGUACUCAGGACUGUUCUGAUCGAAGUAUGAUCGCCAUUUUACCAUUGCGCAGCAAAGUUGAAGAGAAGAGACAUUAGCCGAUCCAAUACAAGCAUAAUAUGUGUGCGUGCAUCCUAAAAACCACACCUGUUAUAUGCUAAAUGGGAAAGUAAAGUCCUCAAAGAAAGAACUGUUGUUGACUGAGUUCCUGGGCUCUGACCGGCCUACCAGUGCAAGUGAUCCCUUCCACAGUCUUUUGAUAACUCACAUUCCAAAUCCUACAGCGGGAUUUUGUAAUAUCACGAAAUACAUCAGUAUGUUUUGUGUCUACAUCUUGGCAGCACCGUUUUGGCAAUUACAUCCAACUCAGACCGAAAUUGUGACCGGGUAUAUAUCUGUUUCACAUGUAUAUGCAUAGAUUCAAUAAAAAUAAUAACAACAAAUACUUAAAACAGGUUGAAAUAAUGACUAAAUUGCAGCAUUGCUUUGCAAUCACUUAACCACACUGGGCUCUUUUUGAUUAUAAUUUUUUUUUUAAACAAG